CAGCUACGCAAAGCGUUUCCUGGUUAUAUUUAGAACAGUUGUUACCUUUUUAAAAUAAAACGUUUUUAAUUGUGCAAUCGUAACACGGCGUUGAUGAUACGAGUGAUACUAGUGUUUAUAAAUAUUUCAUUUCCAGAUAGAUUCGCAUUAUAACGACGUUUCUGUGUGAUGAAGUGAGAAGUGGAUUGCCACGCUCCAGCGAUCCUACUACAACCGAGUGUACUGGCGUCACUACGCUAGAAACUAGUUAGGUGAAAUGGAUUCCAGUGUGUUGAUUGGCGUAGUGUGCUCCGUGCAUUUAAGUGUGUUUUAACCAACGGUUUCGAAAAAAUAUUGGAUUUAUAUUGUUUUAAAUAUAUUCCUACACACAUUUUACUGUUUAGCGUUAGAAUUAAUUGGAUUAUCUUUAGCUGAAGCGCUGACUGACACAUUUGCCUGCAUGUGUUAGUGUCAGUCACCUCAAGCCCUAGGCUCAGAGAUGGAACAACGAAAGCGGAUAGAGGAAGAGGUGUAGUUUUGGACAAAGAAGGCACAAUCUUUUGGAUUUAGAAAAGCAUGGCACAUGUCAUGUUGUUCAACAUGUCCCCGGUUACUUACUGUUAGCUGAUGCGGCCUGGAACAUCACUCAUGUAGUGCCAUAUGUAACCAUUACAGGCACUUCUUGCUGUUGGUGCCCUCUUUGCACCACACUCCCCAAAAGAUGAGCAGCAACAACGUGGCACAUGUUGCCUCUGUGGAUAAGGGUCUAAAGAUGAAAAUCAAACGCACAAAAGGAAUAAACAAAGUUGAUUCUAAACAUGAAGUUGUCAAAUCAGAUUCACCUUCCAAAACUUCCACGGUAAAACCUGCUGUCUCAUCCCCUGUAGUGUCAUCGUGUGGGGUCGCCAUGAGCAGCACUACACAGUCUUCUCUCCUGACUCUAGUGACAUCGUCAGCUCCCACGCUGGUUGUCACUUCUACAAUGGCAGUCACCAACCCCACAGUGACUCUGCUCAAGGCAGUCACAAACACACCAGCUGCUGAAAACCUUUCAGCCAAAUCCCCCCUUAAGACACACACCCCAACAGGAACAGAAAGUAAAGAUGGGAAGUCCCCCAAAUCUAAGGCAGCAGCAAACAAGAAGGGCAAAGACAUAAAAGCCAAGCCAGAUAAUUGUCAAUCUUCAGCACCAAGCCCAGCAUCCAAUCUUUCUUGCUCACCAUCCCAUGCAGGCUCGCAGAUGUUCACACCUGUCACCUCUACAAACUCAGGUGGUAGUAAUUCUAGUCUCACGUCUGAACCUAGACCUGGGGAUACUGUUCAUGUCAAAAGGGAAAACCCACUUCAUGAUCCCUAUGAAUUUAAUGCCAAGGUUGAGGAUAAAAUUGAACUUCCCCCAAAGAAGUUAAAGAUUGAAAAGGCUGACUGCAUUGAAACAGCUAUAUCCCCACAACCUCAAUUGACCUCCACCUCACCAUCCAUGCUACUACCACCCCAACAACCAUCAGGCCAACCUGAAGCACCACAGAAACGGAGUGUUGCUGUGGAUGCUUGUAGUGUUGGUCUCCUUACAGAGCCGGACUGUCUCGGCCCAUGCGAGCCUGGCACCAGUGUGGGGCUGGAGGGGAUUGUAUGGAAGGAGACGGAUAAUGGCUUGCUGGUGGUAAAUGUUACAUGGAGAGGUAAAACCUAUGUUGGUACUUUAAUGGAUGCCACCAGAUAUGCUUGGGCACCUCCAAGACCAAGUGGAUGUGAAUCCCCAGUAAGUGAUUUUGAAUCAAGGGCCCCUAAAGGCAGAGGUAAGCGCAACUGUAGAAAUACUGCACAGCUGAGUGAGAGGCUACCAGAGGGCAGGAGGCUGCGUAAAGGGCGUAGAGGGACAGUGAACAGUGCUAGCAGCAACUUCACAGCCCCACCCAGCCCUGCCAAGUCUGACAUCAGCAGCCUCAACUUGAAGAGGAAGGCUCGGGUUAAUGAAGUGGACUGUGAGAAACCCAAACGAAGUCGCUCCUGUUCUAGAGGGGUGACUGAAAGCCCCACGCCAGAUGGGUACAUCAUUUGUCCUGAGCCUAACUGUCAUAAAAAAUAUAAACACAUGAAUGGGCUACGGUACCAUCGAACUCAUGCUCAUGGUAAACAUUCUUUGAAUGAUGAUGCUAAAGAUGAAGAGGAAGAGGAGGAGGAAGAGGAGAAAUGUGAGAAAAAAGAAAUGACAACGAGGUCUGAGAGGUCAGAGAGAAUGAGAGCCAAAGAAAGGCAGAGACUGAAGGAUGAGCAGAGAAGCUCUGACCGCGACUCUAAGGACUCCCUGGAUGAUGACAUUCCACUGAAAGAAAUAGCCAACAAAGCCAACAAACCUGAGGUCAGCAGCUGCUCUAGGGCUGAGGAGAACCCAGAGCCAGGUGGGGCUGUUGCUGUCAAGAUUGAGCCGCAGGUCGUCCUGACCCACUGCCCCUCCCCCACCUUAAACACAUCAGCCAGGAAGCCUGAUGUACCCCCUACAGUGCCUUGUAUCCCCCAGUCAGCUGGAGUUGUAAACACUAGCAGUCCGGCUCUGACAGCUGUAAACACCAGCAGCCCAGCUCUGACAGCUGUAAACACCAGUAGUCCAGCUCUAAUGGUUGGAGCUGUAAACACCAGUAGUCCAGCUUUAACAGCUGGAGCUGUAAGCAGUAGUCCAGCUCUGUCUGGAGCUGUAAACACAAACAGUUUAUCCCAGACAGCUGGAGCUGUAAACAUCAGUCCAGCUCUAACAGCUGUAAAUACCAGCAACCCAUCUGUAAUGGCAGGAGCUGUAAACACCAGCAGUCUAACAGUCCCCCUGGUGACCACCCUCAAGUCCCCCAUCACCUCACAGGUGUACCAGCUCUCCUCCAUGAGCGUGUCCCUGGUGUCCCACACCAGCACCACCCUGGGGCUGGUCUCAGCGCAGACCCUCCCCCUCAUGAGCUCAGCAGCAGUAGGCUUGCCAACAUCCACACUGACCAACACGGUGACCACCUCAGCUGUUGGCAUGUCCAUCUCAGUAGACAGGCAGUCUGCGGGGAAGGGGACUGCCUUCUGUAAAACUGCCACAGCUCGUCCAAUAGUUCCAGCCCCUUCCCCUCAGGUCUCAGGACACGCCCACCCUACAAACUUGUCCUCAUCUAUGCAAGCCCAUAACCCAGCACUCAAACCCAUACAACCUAAACCUACAAUUAUGGGGGACUACUCAACACUGAGUCCUGCAUUAGCAGAUCUCAACAGAGAGAAGUCGCGGAAAAUGAAGAAAAAGAAGGAGAGGAACAGUCCAGCUACUACCCCUGUGAGUUGUGUGGGCCAUAAGCCCCAAUGGAAAGACAGUUUACCUGCAGAGUCUAUACCUCAGGAGGACAAAUCUGAUAGGUCAGCUGUGAUAAAAAAUUCAAAUCCGUCCAAACAAUUUGAAGCUUCCAGUCCUGGCCUUGAGGGGUCAAAGUCUGUGUGCUCACCAUUCCAGUCCUCACAAGACUCUCCCAAACUACACAAAGUCAACCCAGACUCUCCACUCACUGGUGGCUCCCGGCUGGCUGUUCCUCCAUCCUCCCUCCCUCUGUCCACAAGUUUGGACAAGUCAACCAUCAAUGAAGAUGUCCAUAGCCCAGCUUAUUCUGAUAUAUCAGAUGCUAAUGAUAGCAACUCUCCCCCUUCACAAGACAGUCCAAAGAAAGAUUCAAAGAAAGAGGGCCAGAUGAAUGGCCCUUCACACAUGGGCUCAAGUACUCAGCACUUUGGCAACAUGUACUACUACGGAGGGCCAACCAAUUAUCUCCCUCACAACCUGAGCCCCCAGAUGUCCUCCCCUACCAUGCCCAAAGGCGGCAUGAAGAAAGAAAAUGGUGAUGAGAAAAGAUCCAAUGAGCCCAGUGACAAGAAAGAUGCUGGCAGGUCAGCUCAAGAGGAGGAGCAGAAGUCUUUCUUGAACUUUUACGCCCACUAUGGUGUAUCACCAGCAACCAUGCAGUACCUGGCUUCCUACAGCCCCGGCUCAUUGGAACCCUACCACGCCCAGAUGCUUGCCCAGCAGCAGAUGGAGCAGCAGAAGCGACACAUGCAGCAGCAACAACAGCAGCAGGAGAACCCCAAUAGCAUGGAGGACAACUCAGGGAAGCAAACACCUUCAGGGGCAGCACAGAUGAACAGGUCCAUGGGCUUUAGUGGAGAAGACCGGCGCCAUGACGAUAGGGAGCAGGCGCUACGGGACAAACAAACUGAGAACCACCAGAUCCUGAAGGAGAACAUUGAGCUCAAGUCUCAGAUGGCGCACCACCACGACCAGCAGCACCAGUACCAGGACUACCAGAUGCUCAAGCAGCAAAACGACCUGCGCACACAGAUGUUUCAAAAACAGAAAAUGUUUGAGAACCAGCGUCAAGAAAAGCGUAAAGGACCCCCAGAACUGACCAACUCAAGUCGUGGUUCCCCUGGUCAGUCUGCAUCGUCCAGACAGGAUCCCAAGCCCAUGGACCUCAUCCCACACGACAUGAUAAAAAAGGAGGUUGUCACGUCUAAAGAUGUGUCUCGGCCAGAUUCACGUGUGGGGAUUCUGGAUUCCAGAAGGUUUGACAUCAAGGAGGAGAACCCUGGCUCUAGACCACCAUCUUCAUCUUUAGACAAGUCUGGCCCUAGUCAGCCCAACCCAGCUAACAUUCCUUUAGUCAGCUCAUCUCUCCAGCUAGCCUCCCCCUUACCAGUUCCCAUGGUGGCCACCAUCCCAGCGCCCCCUGGUGCAGGCUUCCCCUAUGCCCCCUACUACCACCCCAUGUACAGAGCAGCAACACUCAAUUCUCACAUUAUUGGAUACGCUGCAGCCCCAGCCUACCUGGGCUAUAGAGUUCCCUUGGACCCGGAUAAAAUCACUGACGGGAAGUUAGUUGUUUCCCCUGAUGUGGACAAGAACCUGGAGCCAGCUGGAUUUCCUACUGCUAAUGUGCAUAAAAUACACGAGCUUCAGGAGAAAGGUCGCAGUGGUUCAGGAGUACUUUCCCCUGCGCCCAGCAAGCCUGGGGCAGAGUCUUCAGCCACCGCCCCCUCCCCUGGGCAUACAGGCGAGAAGGUGAAGGACAAACAGAGGGAGUACUCCAGUUCCCCACCCACCCAGAGACAUGUCCACACUCACCAUCACACACACCUGGUGGGCAGCUUCCCACCUCUUUACCCACCUGAUGCCUACAGUGCCAUGUUUCAUCCUGCUGCACCAUCACUACCAUUUCCUGCCCCACCCCCUGCACCAAAGUAAAUGUCAUCUCCUGCUGGACAAGAGAAUAAGCACAAAGUUGGACCACUUGACCUGUAGGCACAGGUGGACACUGACCCAUAGACAUAAAGCUGGGCACACUAUACACCUGCGUAAACAUUACAUACAUGGAAUAAUGAAAACUUGAAUUUAUACUUCUGAUUUAAUAAGCAGUUGGACUUAACGAGCUUGUAUAAAAUGUUGUCCUGAACUGUAUGACCUCUUGAAUGUGUUGAGUCAGCAAUUAGUUUUACCAUGUGAUUUCUGUGGUUGUCCUCCAACCAUUUCAUAUUGAAACUGGAUUGAGCAUAAGACUGAGUUUUUUUCUUAUACUUUAGUUAGAAACUCUUCCUCUUUGUUUUAAGAGCGAUCACAUAUGGAAGUCUGUUCCAAGAAUCUGAGUGCUACAUCACCCUGCAGAUGUACAUUGAAAUUAUUUCUGUUUGUCUUGGACUAAAAAUGUAUUUGUCUAAAUGUAAUUAAUGUUAGUUGGAUUAUAAAGAAACAUGCUCAAAACGUUCUAAUUCUAUUAAUAGUUUUCUAAUUUUUAUAAUGAUAAGAAAGACAGCAUAAAGACAGCUGGACUUACAGAUGGUGUAUGUCUUUUUCAGCCUGUGCUAAUAAUUUAGUCAUCAGCUGGAGGUUUCCUUGAAGUGUUUUACAUUAAUUUUUAACUGCGUUGACAGUUCAAAUAUGCUUCCUUUGAUUCUAAUAUUUAGAGUUGCCAUACAAUCAUUUAUGUUUGCUAAUUGUGUUAUUAAUGUGCCACAGCAGGCAAAUAAAAGAAAAUAUACACAAUGUAAUUUUAAUGAGAAAGUAAUGAUUGUGAUGUGAGCGGCAAGCAGCCCUGACAUUGACAUCAAACUUUCUCCUGACAUCAAACUUUCUCCUCAUCACAGACUUGCUUUGUUCAAUGAUUUUGUUCAUGAGAGGCAGCAUAAAGGCUUUGUACUUAAGUUGAUUCUAGAGUAGAGUUGUUGUGUGGUCACACCACCAUAUGCAAUACUGACAGGCAUAACGCUUGUGUACACAAUUCAGCAAUAACAACUAGUUGGGGGCUGUGUUUAUAGCUCCAUCCCUACAACUUCAUCACACAAUAACUAAAUAAUUUUAAAUCAUUUUUUAUGCUACUUCAUACAUUGGUUGAAUUUAUUUAGAAGACUAAUUAUUUAAUGCAAAGGACUUCUGAUAUCCUAGUGUAGUUUUUCUUACUUGAUUUUAUAGCCAAUUUUUGUUUGGGUAUAUUUUUGUAUUUACUUGUAUAAAUGAACUGUCAGUGAUUUCACAUUGAAAAACAAUGUAUACAAACUUUAUAUUGAAAUGUGUUGGUUUAUUUUCAAACUAUGUUUUUGUAAAGAUAUUGAAUUUCAUUUUAAAAUUGAUGGUGUUUUGUGGUUUUGAUAGAUAGUAUGAUAAUAGGGGCAGAUGGUGAUGUAUUAGUGGUAAUGAUCCUAGUGUGUUUCAGUUUAGAUGCUGAUGUUGUGGUACUAGUUUAAAUUGUGGAUGGAGUGUUGAAUCUGGUGUCUAACCAGAGUUAUGAUGUUGUAGUAUUUUAACUGUGUAGAUGUGGUGAUACGGAUGCUGUGUUGAAUCUGGUUUAAGAUGUUUCUCCCCCCCCCCCAAUGGUGAUGUGGAUGUGAUGUUAAAUCUGGUAGAUGUCUCUUCUCUCCCCCCCCCCCCCCAAGUGUGAUGUUGUAUCACUCAGUAUUUGCUGUAGAUUGUUCAAUGAUUCCUUCCUCACACGCUUUCAUUGAUUUUGUUAAAGGGUUCUUGUGGAAUCUUUUAGUCUUUCAAUCACUGACUUCAUCACGUGUAGACUGUACCAUGUGUAUAUAUAGUGGACAUUAGUUGGAUGCUAUUUUCUUUCAACGUCAUUAAGCAGCAUUUUCUUUACUA